AUGUCUCUCCAAUUCUGGAAACCUGGUACAAUCGGACCCGGGAGCUCACUCGACAGAGCAACAGAAACGGAGGAGAAUGUCAUUCCGUCUGCGCCGUUGGUGACCAAUCUGUCAAUUGAUGCUGCAAGGCAGCGGCUGCCGAUAUUCAAGCAUAGAGAGAAACUGCUUUACUGCGUUGAGAAGCACGGCGUGACAAUCGUGGUCGGACAGACGGGCUGCGGCAAGACUACCCAGCUUCCUCAGUACCUAUACGAAGCCGGUUGGUCUACAAAUGGCAACCUCAUUGUUUGUACACAACCUCGCCGCGUAGCCGCGACCUCCGUCGCCGGGCGCGUAUCCACCGAAGUGGGGACCAUCCUUGGGGAUGAGGUUGGAUAUACCAUCCGCUUCGAAGACGUCAGCUCGAAGGAGCGCACGCGUAUCCUCUACAUGACUGACGGUAUGCUCUUCCGCGAGACGCUAGUUGACCCGCUCCUCAGCCGAUACAGCGUGAUCAUGAUUGACGAGGCACACGAGCGGAGCGUGUAUACAGAUUUGAUGCUUGGGAUUCUGAAGAACUCUCCAUUUACAUUUAUGCCCAUUGUCUGUAACAGGAUCCGCCGAAAGCGCCCCUCCCUCCGGCUGAUCGUCUCUUCCGCGACACUCGAUGCUACCUCCUUCUUGGACUAUUUUACCUCAGGCAACGCUCCGGACGAGGCUACCAUCGUCAGCCUCGAAGGACGAAUGUUUCCCGUGCAAGUCGCAUAUCUCCAGGAGCCCGUACCAGAUUACGUGCGGAAAGCAGCAGAGGUUGUGUGGAGCAUCCAUUUGCAGAACGGAAGCGGUGACAUUCUGGUGUUUAUGACUGGUCGAGAAGAGAUAGACCGUUGUCUGGAGGAGCUAUCGGAGAUGCUACCAUCUUUGCCUCGAUAUGCUAUGCGGUUACGGCUGCUGGCACUGCAUGCCGGACUCAGCACGAACGAGCAGCUGGCCGUCUUCGAGCCCGCAGAACGAGGCAGCCGAAAAGUCAUUAUUUCCACGAACAUCGCUGAGGCCAGCGUCACCAUCGAUGGCAUCAAAUUCGUCGUCGACUCCGGCUUCGUCAAGAUCCGCACCUACAAUCCCACCAGCUCACUCUCCUCCCUCGUCACGGUGCCCGUCUCGCAAGCCUCCGCGACGCAGCGCGCAGGCCGCGCAGGGCGUACCUCCUCGGGUAUCUGCUACCGGCUCUACACUGAGAGCGCAUUCCAGACACUCCCGCUGACCACUCCGCCGGAGAUCACGCGCGUCGAUCUCACGACGCCGAUCCUGCAGCUGAAGAGCCUAGGAAUCGAUGAUUUGAUGAAGUUCGAGUGGGUGACGUCUCCGCCCGCAGAGAGCGUGCUGCGUGCGCUGGAGGGACUGUAUGCGGCGGGGAUGAUUGGCGAGGAUGGGAGGUUAACGGUGGUUGGAGAGAAGGUGGCGGAGUGCCCGGUGGACGUGAACAUCGCGAGGAUGCUAUUCAUGUCCAAGGAAUACAAAUGCGGAGAGGAGAUCUUGACCAUUGCUGCUAUGACUGCGGUGCAGGAUGUCUUCAUUAUUCCCGAAGGAGCGGCUGGUGCCUUAGCCGAACUAGAGCGCAGGAAGUUCACGGCGGAAGAAGGAGACCAUCUGACGUUAUUAAACGCGUACAACGCCUUCAUCCGCUACGGGAGGUCAUCUUCAUGGUGCAAGUCACACGCACUAUCCUUCCGUGCCAUGUCACGAGCGGUGUCGAUCCGAUCGCAGCUGAAGAAGUACAUGCAACGUUUCGGGCUGCCUCUGGAAAGCUGCGAGGGCGACGCUAAGAGGCUGAGGAAAUGCCUUGUCAGCGGCUAUUGGCGGAACGGAGCCCGAUGGGUGGCCGAUGGCACAUACCGCUCCGUGAGAGGGAACACGACCCUUUACGUACAUCCGCACUCGGUCCUGUUUACGAGAAAACCUCGUUCCGGAUGGGUCGUCUUCCAUGAAAUGGAGGAAACGAAAAAGACACAAAUCCGCAUAUUGACGGAGAUAGAGCCCGAUUGGCUGCUCGAGUACGGACACAAGUAUUACGACAAGCGCACCGGCGCAUCUGUACAAUGA